AUGUCCUACCACAGUCAUCGAACAUCAAAGAGGUAUAAAAAGAAACUAACACUUAUCAUCAUGAGACCCUCAUUAGUCAACUUGAGUAACUAUUCAAAUAAGGAGAAAAAGCAAGCCCGCUACACUUCAUUUGAAGGGCGGGGGAGGGCUCUGAAUACUAUGGAAUAUUCUAAUUUUUAUAUUCGUUCGUCCUCAAUCAAAUCAUCCUUCAACCAUAACAAACGUUUUCUUCGAUCAGCCAAUUUGAUUCGUGAAUAUAGAGACUAUCCGUUCUAUGAUCAUGUUAAAAGAAAUAUUAAAGGCGCAAAUGUAAACAGUGAAACAAAUAGUGAAAAUGAUAAUGCGAACAAUUUAAUCACAUACGAACAUUCAUCAAGCGAAUCUUGGCUUGAUCUUGUGUUGCCAUUCACUAUUCUUGGUAUCACCAUCCUUGGUGUUGUCCUCAUCGGUGUAAUAUUAUUCAUUUGGAUAAGAAAAUAUUUCAGUGAAACGAACGAAAAAAGUCAAGAAAGUGCACGACUUGAGUGCGAAAAAGAAAAAAAGUAUAAAGAAAAGCUCAAUCGGAGGAUGAUGAACAGUCGUAAGUGGCUAAAAGGAAAGAAUAAGAAAGUCAACAAUCAAGCAGUUGACGAUCUUGAACAGAAAUUGGAAAAUAUUGAACACAAAAGUUCACCACCAACAUCGCCAAACUUCCAGAAACAGAAUGAAGAUGUUGCAAGUUUAAGCAGUGAUGAUAGUGACAGUGAAUGUGUUGGAAAUGUAAUUAAAAAACAUGAUGACGAUGAUAAUGCUGAUAAUAAGUCACCAAAAUCUAAUCCAAUCAUUCUUCCAUGUCCAUUAGCGAUUAGCGACUUCAGCAGUGUUGCCAGUUUAGUGCAUCCACAACCUUGUGGACAGACGAAUGAAUCACAAGUUCAACAAAUAAAAUCUUCAUCGACAUCUUCAUUAUCUUUCUUACAAGAAGAAGUUCAUUGCAUUCAACCUCGCGAAGAUCAAACAAGCAAAAUUUAUAAAUCGAUAGCUACAUCGCCACCUCCCUUCAGCCCCAUCGUUCAUCAACAUACAUCACAGACUUAUGCCACUCAAGGCACACAAACUUAUUUUACCAAAGCACCAAACAGCCCCAAUAACCAUCUUCUAAGCUCAUCAUUUGCUGUUGUCCAAACGCCAACGACCUCAACGAUCCCAAGUGGAAACCCAUUUUUGACACCUUCAUCUCCAUCAUCUUAUAAUAAUAAAGAAAAUAAAGAACCUUCGGUUGGAAGGUUGCGCAAUACUUGCCUCAAUAAAUCUAUAAGCAACUUCAAACAAGACAAUGGAGCUUCGACAGCGACGACAACAACGACGACAAGUUUACCAUCAUCACCAUCUAGUGUUUUGUCAACAUCACCCAAACUAAAUACAAAUGUUUUACAACCACAAAAUUCACCGAUUAUUCAGCAACAGCAGCAGCAAUCGUCAUCAGGCGAAUCACCACCACCGUCCAUCAAUCGACAAUUUAAUUUCUCACCAAAAAUUCAAUCCAACAACAGUCCAACGAUCUCAUCAGCAAAUUAUAACAACAACAACAACUUCUGA